CCCCCCCCCUUGCUCCCGUUUUACGAUACAAACUUCUGGGGUGGAGGGAGGGAGGAAGGGGUAUAGUAGUGGUAGUAAAGUUUGUUGCUAUGUAAGAGUUUGGGGAAUAGCGGAGCGGUAGUGUAAGGCUACUUGUGAUGCCGUACCAUAAGGCGCAUAUUUAGUAAACUGGGGGCAAUGCUUUCGGGGUUUUGGUGUUAUACUAGGAGAGUAGGAGUUGUUAUGGGUACAAGUAUGAUAUUUUCUUUUUUGGGAUGCUUAUCCUCAGGUGUUGUCACAGCGCUGGGAGAGUGUUUUGGUUCCUGCAGUACGGUACGGUACUGUAUCACGGCUUCCCGCUCCGGUAGCGACUGCAUGGUAGCACGUAGAGUACGUCAAUAGAGAGAGUGUACUAUACUAUAGAGCCUAAUCUUGAGGUGCCUAUAAUACCCAGCGGCACCAAUAGUAUCAGCUAACUUAGUACUGCGGUAGACCUCCAUUGCCUUUCGGUAAACAGAAUAGGGACAAGCCAAUAAAACGCAGCAAAAGGGCUUCAAGAUGUACGGCAAUACGAGUGAGGCCAGUGCUAUGAUAUGGAAUACGCAUACGAACAGCUUUUCAGCACUCACUCACUCACGCUUCUCCUUCCUUCCUUCCUUCCUCCCCCACUCUCCCAUUCCUUUCCUUUCCAACGCCAGGCAAAUCGAUUCGCUGGCGCUUAUACGGCAGCGCACGAGUACAGCGCAGUGCACAGAACGGAAAUUAACCCGAACAUUCCAUCGUUCGCAAGGGACGAGCGGAGGAAAAUCUAUAGCCAUAAGAAACCAAAAACCCUCGGACGAGGCAGAAUUCUGUCCGUUUUCCGCUGCGAAAGUUUUAGGAUUAGAAACAAAAAAAACAACAAUAAUAAUAAAAUGAAAAACACCUUCCUAGCGGGAAGGAGGGAAAAGGGAGGAACAUCGCCUCGCCCCGUAGACUAGACUAGACUAACACCAGAAAUCGCCCGGCAUUUUGCAGCUUAGCAAAUGGUUACGGUACGAGUAACUUAUUCUGAAAUCUUGGGAAAUGGGCUACGGUGGGUGGGUUCGACCAAUAGGAUGGCGCGACAACCGCUGAAGUAAGAUGGUCCCAAACAAGGCAAUCUUGUCAAGCUGAUAUUAAAACAUCAGUGUGGGCAACUGUAGGGUAAAGGAGUAUUAUAGAAAUAGAAAUAAAAAUAGAAGGGGUAUGCAAAAGAGAGAGUCAAUCGUGAUCACGGUACAGAGGGCGCAAUGCCCUCGUCGGCGAAUCACAGUAUCGUAUAGAAUUCUCGGUACCGAAAUUUGAUGGCGGAUUAAUACGAGGAACUUAUAUCAUGGGUUCU